UUUUGCACACCGUGUGCAGUUUGAUUCAACUUACAUGUUGGCGAUAUCUAUUGGCUGGGUUGGGUAAGUAACCAAUAGAUGGCGCUGCUAUGUGAAACUUACAAACGUGUCACGUUGUGGACCUUCGAUGGACUCUUAAACUACUCAACCGAUUUUAAUGAAUUUUGCACACCAUGUGCAGUUUGAUUCAACGUACAUGGUAGAAUGGCUUACACCUUAAUUUAUCCUCGCAAUAUCAUUUUAUUGUAAAUUAUUUGUCUAUGAUUUGACAUUCACACACAUUCUAAUCUGUUAACUCCAAAUGAUUUUAACAGAUGGCGAUAUCUAUUGACUGGGUUGGGUAAGUAACCAAUAAGUAAUCAAUAGAUGGCGCCGAUAUGUGGAAUCUACAAACGUGUACUAUAACCUACAAUUCACUAACAUAACCACCACAUGUUGUUCAGGCUAAAAUAUAAGUUGAAUAUAUUUUGUACGAACGUAACGAAAACGAAAUACCGUGAAAUUCAAUUGUUUUUACUGUAACAUUUUUGGUGUUAGCUUAACCGGCCACGUGUUACUUAGACUGAAGUGUAAAUUAAAUUUAUAUUCUAGUGAAGAUAAUAGUGAAGCUCCAAACUCUUCAAUUAAAAUAUAUACAUUAAUAUGCCACCGAAAAAAUGUAAUCUAAACAACGUGAGGAGCAGAGAGGUACAACGCAAACGUGUUGCAAGAGCGCAUGAAUCGGCAGAACAAAUCGCUACAAGAAAUUCAGCUCAAAGAAUCAGGACGGCAGAGAGUCGUGCACAAGAACAGCGUGAUGAACGUUUGCGACAGACUAUUACGAGAACAAGAGCGGCACGAGACCGAAACAUAGCUAUAGCACGAGUACACGAACGAUAGAGGCAGCGGAUUAGCCGCUCAUUAAUACGUACAUCAUUUGUUCGUCUUGCUUUUGAAUAUGCGCCAGAUAUUAAGUACUCUGCACAUUCCAAAAUUGCUAUCGGUGGAAAGGAUAAAGUAUGUCAAUAUUGUCAGGCAUUGAAAUUUCGGAAUGAAACACCCGGCAUGUGCUGCGCAUCAGGAAAAGUUGUGCUAUCACCUCUUCCCACUCCUUCGGAACCUUUAUUAUCCCUUCUUGCUGGCGAUUCAGAUGAUUCAAAAUUAUUUUUGCGUAAGAUACGCAAAUUUAAUUUUUGGUUCCAAAUGACGUCAUUUGGCGCAACGAAAAUCUGCGAUUUCGCGUCUGAUCGACGUAAUUUUGAAACUACAUUCAAAAUACAAGGCCAGGUGUACCAUAAAAUCGGAUCAUUGAUGCCCAUGCCUGAUAAUAAUCCAAAAUUUCUUCAAAUUUAUUUUAUUGGCAAUUGUGAAGAGCGCGUGACGACUCGGUGCCAGUAUAAUUUCAUUGAACAAGCAGAGGAAUGAGUGAUAUUGCUGGAAACCUUUUUAGAAGAUCAGAAUCAACUAAUUCGAUUGAUUAAAAGAGUUUCGCCACGACUGCAAAAUGACAACUAUCAAAUCGUCAUCAAAGCCGACAAAGUACCAUUAGGUGAACAUGCUGGUAGGUUCAACGCUCCAACUGUUGAUAAUGUUGCCAUUAUUAUGGUCGGUGAUCCAGUUGACAAAAGAGCUAUAAAAAUUACACGGCGAGACAACAUUGUCAGUACCGUUUCGGAUCUACACCGUUCAUAUGACGCACUGCAACAUCCAUUAAUAUUUUGGCAAGGACAGGAUGAAUACCACCUUAAAAUCAACCAGUGUGAUCCAAAUACCGGUGCUUAUGGAAAUAAAAAAGUUAGUUCAAUGAACUACUACGCACACCGAAUAAUGGUUAGAUUAAAUCAGGACAACUAUAUCCUACGAUUUCGUCAGCUAUUUCAUCAAUCCAUUGUUGAUAUGUUUGCUAAGGUUGAAAGCGAACGCCUGUGAUUCAUUCGAUACAACCAGGCUGAAUUACGAUCGGAAGAAUAUAUUCACUUACGAGAUGCUGUUGCUGGAAACAUCGACGGAAGUUUGAAUCCCAAUGACAUCGGUAAGGCUUUCAUUUUACCUUCAAGCUACAUCGGCAGUCCACGGAAUAUGCAGGAAUACAUACAAGAUGCCAUGACUUACGUACGUCAUUACGGCCGACCGGAUUUGUUUAUUACAUUCACGUGUAAUCCGAAUUGGCAAGAGAUACAAACUUUACUAUUACCAGGACAACAAGCAAUUCAUCGUCAUGAUAUAACUGCACCUGUGUUCAAACAAAAAUUGAUAUCCUUAAUUGAUUUUAUUGUUCAAUAUUCAGUUUUUGGUAUCACACGUUGUUGGCUGUAUACGGUUGAAUGGCACAAGCGAGGAUUGCCUCAUGCUCACAUUUUAAUUUGGUUUGAAGAUAAAAUCCGUCCAGAAGAAAUUGAUCAAAUAAUUUCGGCCGAAAUUCCAGACCCAUUAAUUGAUCCGGAAUUAUUUGAUAUUGUUACCAAACACAUGAUCCAUGGGCCGUGCGGUGCUUUCAACAUGACGUCAUCAUGCAUGGAAAAUGGAGAAUGUAAGAAAAAAUUCCCAAAGCCGUAUACGAAUGACACCAUUACGAAUAUUGACGGUUAUACAAUGUAUCGCCGCAGAAAUAGUGAGAAUGGUGGCCACACAUUCACAAUGCGACUACCGAAUUAUCCAAAUCAAGUAGAACUUGAUAAUCAGUGGGUGGUACCAUACUCACCAUUACUUUCAAAAACUUAUGCAGCACAUAUCAAUGUUGAGCUUUGCAGUUCGGUAAAAUCAAUUAAGGACAUGUAUAAAUAUAUAAACAAAGGCAGUGAUAUGGCCAUAUUUGGAGUACGAAAUAUCAAUAACAAUGACGAAAUAGCACGAUACCAAAUGGACAGAUACAUUAGCAGGAGCGAAGCUAUUUGACAUAUUCUUAGCUUUCCCAUACACGAAAGAGAUCCUUCUGUCCAGCAUCUAGCAAUACAUCUUGAAAACGGUCAACGUGUAUACUUCACUGAAAAAAAUGGUUUUCAAAGAGCGCUUCAGGCUCCAAAAACGACACUAACUGAAUUUUUUACCUUGUGUCAAAAAUCUGAUAUUUUUGGACAAUUCGCAAAGACAUUGAUAUAUGCUGAUGUUCCACGUUAUUUUACAUGGAACUAAUCCAGGAAAAAAUGGGAGCCACGAAAACAAGGAAAACCACAUCCUUCCAUUACAGGCAUAUUCAAAGCUAAGACAUUGGGGCGACUUUACACGGUACACCCAAAGCAACGUGAGUGCUUCUAUUUACGUUUGUUAUUGGUGAAUGUUCCCGGACCAACGUCUUUUAAAUUUCUGCGAACAGUUAAUGGUCGAGUAUUCAAUACAUUUCAAGAUGCAUGUCGUGAACUGCAAUUGCUAGAAGACAAUAACCAUUGGGACUUAACGCUUGCUGAUGCUGUGUUGACAUCAACACCCAAUAACAUUCGUCAGCUAUUUGCAAUUAUUUUGACGACAUGUUAUCCAUCAGAAGCACAAACUUUGUGGGAAAAAUAUAAAAAUUGGAUGACAGAAGACAUAUUGCACCGAAAUAGACAGACAGAUCAAUGCCAAAAUAUAGAUUAUUAUUAUUUAUUAUCUAUUUUUCUUUGGUGUUACCUUUUUCGGUUUUACACCUCCCCCUUUCUUUCUCCCUUCUUACACUGUUAUCGCUUUUUUGUUUUCACCUCCUCUCCCGUUUCUCUUUUACAUUUUUGUUCCCUUCCCCUGCGGUGCCUUUGGACCGACUUUUUUCCCCAGCUGUACUGCAUUUGCACAGGAGUAGAGGGAAACCAUGGAAAACCUCUACCGUACAGUCGGCUGAUAGUGCAGGGUCCCAGUGUACCCUUCUAGUCAGUGUGACGGAAGGGUACACUGGGUCUCUACACCCGUGCCUUCCGCGCAGUAAUUUUUGAACGCGCGAACGGUGUUCCUAAGCGGUCACCCAUCCAAGUAGUAUCCCAUUGAAACGCUGCUUAGCCUCGAUGACCGCCGGAGCAACACCGCACUCGCCCAACCAUUACAGUCGGUUGUGCCAAAAUAUAGAUUAUACGCCAGAGAUGUAUAAUGAAGCGUUAGUGUUGAUCGAGGAUUUAUGUGUGGUAAUUUCAUAUUUACCACUUAAUCAUUAUGGUAUGCCACCACUUAAUCGCCCAGCUACCGACUUAAUCAACGUCGAUUUACAACGAGAAAAACAAUAUGACCGUGAAAAUUUAGCAACAAUUAUUGUGAACAGUGAGCCAUUACUGACACCAGAACAAAAAAAUAUUUAUGAUCGGAUUAUGCUGGCUGUUGCUGCUGAACAAGGUGGUUUUUUUUUCUUGGACGCACCAGGGGGAACCGGUAAGACAUUUUUAAUAUCGUUGAUUCUUGCCAAAAUACGGUCGCAACAGAAAAUCGCAUUGGCAGUUGCAUCGUCAGGCAUUGCGGCUACUUUGCUAGAUGGUGGGUGAACGGCACAUUCAACAUUUAAACUGCCCUUGGACAUUCAUAAUAAACCAAAUGCAAUAUGUAGCAUAAAAAAGAAUAGUGGAAUAGCUGCAGUGUUGCGGAAGAGUUCAAUAAUAAUUUGGGAUGAGUGCACAAUGGCUCACAAAUAUUCACUCGAAGCAUUGCAUAGAACUAUGCAAGAUUUAAACGGCAAUAAUGAACUUUUCGGUGGUGCUAUCUUACUUUUGUCGGGUGAUUUCCGACAGACCUUAUCGGUUAUACCUCGCUCUACCUUCGUGGAUGAGAUUAAUGCAUCUUUGAAACAAUCAUUCUUAUGGCGAAGUGUUGAAACACUUCAAUUAACCAUAAACAUGCACGUACGAUUGCAAAAUGAUCCAUCAGCACAAAUAAUUUCCGAACAAUUACUAGAUAUUGGGAACGGCAAAAUAGAAGUUCAACCAAAUAUGCAAUGCAUUAAACUGUCAGACAAUUUCUGCACUGUUCUUCAGGAAAAAAAUGAAUUGAUUCAAAGUAUUUUUCCGAAUAUACAGAAUAAUUACUUGAAUCACAACUGGCUCAGUGAUCGAGUGAUUUUGGCAGCUAGAAAUGUUGACGUUGACGAAAUUAACUUUCAGAUACAACAGUUGUUGCCAGGCGAUCUGAUGUCUUUUAAAUCAAUCAAUACUGUUUUUGAUGAAAAUGAAAGUGUCAAUUUUUCAAUUGAUUUUUUAAAUUCGCUAGAUAUAUCUGGAAUGCCACCACAUAAUCUUCGAUUAAAGAUUGGUUCCCCUAUUAUUCUACGACGUAAUUUGAAUCCACCUCAAUUAUGCAACGGUACGCGUUUGGUCAUCAAAAAAAUCACUGGAAAUAUUCUUGAAGCAACCAUUUCAACUGGGAAGUUUAACGGAAAAGUGGUCCUGUUGCCACGUACUCCAAUGAUACCCUCAGAUUCUACCAUACCCUUCAGAAGGCUACAGUUUCCAAUUCGUUUAGCUUUUGCCAUGACUAUAAAUAAGUCUCAAGGCCAAACAAUGUCCAUUUGUGGUUUAAAUUUGGAAAAUCCAUAUUUUUCCCAUGGGCAACUAUAUGUUGCAUGUUCACGUGUAGGAAAACCGUCGAAUUUAUUUGUGUUAGCUAAAGACAGGUUAACCAAAAAUAUUGUGCACCGAUUAGUGCUAAAUUAAAUUAGAAGAAUUUAUAAUUCACAAUAAUAAAUAUUAUUGUUAAGGAUUUAAGACUCCCUGCUCUGCCCACCUCAUUCAUAAGUUUAAGUGUUACAUGUUAUUUACGAACAACUUUGUAAUAUACUCAUUUGUUAAAAAAUUGAAUAAAAAUAAUAAUAAAUUUUGAAAUUAAUUCUUUUGUAUUGAUUUUGGCUUAAUAUCAGCUGCAAGAAAAUUUUAAUUAAUCGUGUUGAAAGUCCUUCCCCUUCAAAUCCCAAUCCUGUGGAUGUUUA